AUGGAGAGGUAUGAUUACCUGCUGAAGUUUCUGAUUAUUGGAAAUGCUGCUACUGGCAAAACAUGUUUGAUGAGAUGGUUUCUUGAGGGGAAGUUUAAACAGGAUUCACUACACACAAUAGGUGUUGAGUUUGGAACAAAAGUGCUUAAAGUUGAUUCAAAGUCUGUAAAGUUACAGAUAUGGGAUACGGCUGGUCAGGAGAGAUUCCAGUGUAUCACACGCUCAUAUUAUCGAGGUGCAGCCUGUGCGUUAGUAGUUUACGAUAUCACUGACCGAGAUUCAUUUAACGCAAUUAAUUCAUGGAUUUCCUCUGUUAGAGAUUUAGCUCUUCCAAACCUGACAGUUAUACUGAUAGGAAACAAAGUUGAUUUGGAAGCGAAUUUACGUGAGGUCACUGAAUUAGAAGGGAAACAGUGUGCCAUUGAUAAUGGAGCUUAUACAUUUUUGGAAACAUCAGCUAAAAAUGGUUCAAAUGUUCUGGAUGCAUUUACCGCUGCUGUUCGAAGUGUUUUAGAACAAAUUCAAAAUGGUUCUAACCCAAACCAAAUGUCCUAUCCAGUUGGAAUCGGCCCUGCUCACUUAACUUUUCCUGGAUCAAACGAAUCUUGUUUGUUCAUUUUUGCAUCACAGUUGUCUUUUACUUUUACACAUAAAGAUUUUUCGGGGUGUAUGGUAUUCUCAACAUACGAAUCAUUAUGUCUGUGA